AUGUCUAGGCUCAGCUGGGGCUACUGCGAACACAACGGCCCUGUUCACUGGAGUGAACUUUUCCCAAUUGCUGAUGGGGAUUAUCAAUCUCCUAUUGAGAUCAAUACCAAAGAAGUAAAAUAUGACUCUUCCCUCCGGCCUCUCAGUAUCAAAUAUGAUCCAGCUUCAGCUAAAAUUAUCAGCAACAGUGGCCAUUCCUUCAGCGUGGACUUCGAUGACUCAGAAGACAAAUCAGAUGGAAAGGUGGUGAUGAUGGUGGUAAUGGUGGUGGUUAUGAUGGUGGUAUUGAUGAUGCUGGAGGUACUGAUGAUGUUAAUGAUGCUGGUGGUGCUGCUGGUAGUGGUGGUGGUGAUGCUCCACGUGGUUCAUUGGAAUUCUGACAAGUAUCCCAGCUUUGUUGAGGCAGCUCAUGAACCUGAUGGAUUGGCUGUUUUAGGCAUUUUUUUACAGACUGGUGAACAUAAUCUUCAAAUGCAAAAAAUUACUGAUAUUUUGGAUUCCAUCAAGGAAAAGGGUAAACAGAUCCGCUUCACCAAUUUUGACCCAGCAACUCUACUUCCUCCAUCAUGGGACUACUGGACCUACCCUGGGUCCCUUACCGUUCCACCUCUUUUGGAGAGUGUCACUUGGAUAGUUUUAAAGCAACCUAUAAAUAUCAGCUCUCAACAGCUAGCCAAAUUCCGUAGUCUCCUGUACACUGGAGAGGGCGAGGCAGCUGCCUUCUUGUUGAGCAACUACCGUCCACCACAGCCUCUGAAGGGCCGGAAAGUGAGAGCCUCCUUCCGCUAAAAGCUUCACUCAGAACAGGCGGACAGAUGGGAUUACAGAAGGACUUUCCCUUUAGAUUCACCUGGAGUUCUUCACUUGAACCAUAGUUUAUGGGCACAACUGUUUGGUAACUGGACCAAAGUCCUGAAUUAAUUCAUGAUGAAAGAUCUUGAUCUUUGAGGCAAAAUGUAAUCUGGCCACUCCAGUUUGGCACCUGUUACCAUCCAUACAUUAAAUGUUGUUUGUCUUGUUGACU